GAAAAUAAUGAAAACUGUGGUUAAACUGGCCACACAGACACUCCUGAACUAUAGUGUUACAAAUAUGAGUGGUGUGGACAUUUACUAAUAUGUUCUAGAAGAGUGGCACAGUGGACACUGGCACCGAUGCCUCAUACCUCCAGGGCUGGGGGGGGAGGGGGGUGCAUGAUCUCACCAUAUUAGAUAGGAAUCCCAUAACUACUCUGGUCAUGCAGUUUAGCUGAGUGACACCAUUUAUAUGCCUACAAUGUAUGACUGGGUAUCUCCCCUGCGAUGGCCUGGCCAUCCCAUCCAACGUUAGGGAUGGGGUACAGCCUCAUGCCCUGCGCUGCUCAGUAUAGGCUCCAGGCCCACUGAGAUCCUGACCAGAACAGGAUGAUGGAAGUUGGGUUCUUCCAGAAGAGCUACUUGCUCUUUAUUCAUACUGUGGUAAUGUGCAGUACAAAUGGCAGACUGACCAAAUAGAACAUCUGUACAGGUUUUACAUGUAAAAAUCUGAAGGUCAUUCCUGCCAGCUAGAAAUAUCAAUGACAUCCUCCACAGCCAGGCUAGAUAUUUAUUAUACUAUUUAUUAUACCAUUUACCAGCACAUCAGUUGAGUUUAAGCUGUUCAUACAAAGAUUUGUUGUUUACUUUGGGAAUCCAUGGUGCCCAGCAUCUUAAAUCAUCGCAAAUAUUCUGCAGUGUUAUCACCAGCAUUUUACAAAGUUUGAAUCAUAACAGCAGACAGACAGACUCCUGACCAUUCUGCGAUCAAGACCGAUUUUCAACUCCUGCUGAACUACUACGUUGUCUUCAGAUUAUUUUGGAUUGAAAUCCACAUGAUGGAGGAGGUUACAGUGAUUCAAGAGGCAGACCAGAGGCAGCAGAAGGCCCGGGACGAGCGUCGAGCCCUAAAUGAAGCGGAUCUCCCGGAUCUCCAACCCUUACCCCCAAAGGAUCCCACAGACCCAGCCUUGGAGGCUCUUUGGGAGGCCAGGAGGACAGAGCCGCUGAGGAUCCACGGGCGCAGCGUGGAGGAGUACAGGGCGAUGUACCGGCGGCUCGUGGAACCAAGGCUGCUCUACCCUUCUGGCCGACCUCGCCCCCACUCCCUCGAUCUGGGGCGCAGGAUAAAGCAGCGCCUGUGGGUUGCCGUCUCCUGCCCGAAAUUCACCGAACAGGUGGGAGACAAAAAUAUAAUUGACAUCGCGGAGACCUCUGGCAACCCGGGGCUGAAGGGUUAUGCCCCCCUGAUCGAGGUCGAUGUGUGGGACGAGCCCCCGGCCAAAGAGCCUCCAAAGAAGAGAGCGAGACAUUAGUCCCUGCUCCAUGUAUAUAAUGUAUAUAUGUAAAUAAAUGUAAAUAUGCAUGUAUUAUACAUAGGUUCAGUAAAAGUAAAUAUAUAUGGGUUAAAUAUAAGUAAAUAUAUAUGGGUUAAAUAUAAGUAAAUAUAUAUGUAAUAUAUAGGUUAAAUAAGUAAAUAUAUGUAAUAUAUAUGGGUUAAAUACAAGUAAAUAUAUCUAAUAUAUAGGUUAAAUAUAAGUAAAUAUAUAAUAUAUAGGUUAAGUAUAAGUAAAUAAAUAUAAAUAUAUUUAAAAUCAACUUUGUGUGCUCCUUUCUUCUUGUGUAUAAGACCAUGGUUUGACAUGAGCUCAUUUCAGUCAUAACGCACGGAUAUUAAUAAAUGCUACUACUGCUGGUUGACACGUUUGUUAAAUAUCACAUUUUAUUGAGACAGUCUGUCUUUUCGGGACCGGAAUUAGCACGCUAGCGGCUAAUCGGCUGAAUUUCUCUUUUUUUACUUUGGGCCUCAAGCUAUCAUAGCAUUGUUUAAAAUGAAGACGUUUAUGUCGAAAUAUCUCUUUUAAUCGACAUGGAUCAUGUUUAACCCCAGAUGGGUAACCCAGAACUCUGGUUUAGUUGGUAACCAAGCAGCUGUGUUAAACCAGGUAAACUGACGGAAACCUGCGAUUUCCCGUCAAAUGUACAUUACAGUCUAGGUCAGUCAGUACCAAAAGUUGCUAACCUGAAGCUAACCUGGUCCCUGACUUGGCUAAACAACUUCAGGAUAAACUUGUGGGUUCUGCUUUGGCCAAACACUUAUCCGGUAUUUUCUGUUCGGAUGAAGCGCGGCUCGGAUUUAACUGGUUUCUUUAAAAUGGCGGAUAAGGGCGCGCUGCCAUGUUGGUUUAAAGUGAAACGUAACUUUGUUUGUUCGUUUUAUUUAUCUAUUUAUGCAUUUUAGUGGAAUGUAAGUAAAACAAUGUGCGGUAUAUUUUAGUGAUGCCAAGAAGCCGCUUAUUAUAAUGAUAUGUUAAGAGUAUAAAAACAAGACUCACGCAUUAGACGUGAGGCUCAAGCUGGAAAUCAUACGGCAAAUCUAUAUUGUUCCAUUAUAAACCUAAAAUGAGCUACCUGAAAAGCGUUGGGACAGUCAGCAAACCCUACAGACUAGUUACGAGGUAAUAAAACUGUUGCAUGCAUGUAAAUGCGUGUGCAGACUGGUCUGGAAUUGAAAAUCACACUCGAGUUAGCAGUCCAAAUUUUACACCCUUGCCUUUUUCAUAUUAAGGGCAAUUUCAGUGUCUAUGACAUCCUUCGAGGACCAUGCUAAUUACUGCAGACACAUCACAUUAAUCUUGCGCAAUAUUUUGUAUCGAUUCUCAAAAACCACAGACUGACCAGACA